CUGUUAAACCAUCCAUCCAUCUACAAUGGAGAUGGAGAGAUCAAACCAAAUGGAGUUUCCUCAAGAUUUCAGAUGCCCGAUAUCCAUGGAGCUCAUGAAAGAACCCGUCAUCAUAUCGACCGGGGUCACGUACGAGCGAAAAAACAUCGAAAAAUGGUUCUAUAGCUACAAGAAGAAGACUUGUCCAGCCACGAUGCAAAUCAUCGAAAAUUUCGGUAUUACCCCUAAUCACACCCUCAAGAGACUCAUUCUUGUAUGGCAAAACAGUCAUUCUCCAUCUCCAUCUUCAUCUUCAUCUUCUUCACCUUCACCAUCUUCAUCGCCAUUAUCAUCUUUCAAGCGAGAUGAAAUGGUUUCGUUGCUCAAAACCCUUGGCUCGAGUCCGUUUAAGGUGAAUUCUUUAAGAAAACUUAAGGAAAUUAUCGAAUUAGGAGAUGAAAUGAAGCUUGAUUUCAUGAUAUUAGGAGGGUUGGAAGUGCUUUUUCAACUAAUUGUCCAAAUUCUAAUCGAUGGGUCGGAUUUUAUGGCGUUUAGAGCUUGUGAAGAGGCUUUGGGCGUUCUUCAACAUCUCCCGAUAUCAGAAGAAGAUGAUGGGAAGGUGAUUGAGUUGUUUUCGAAGCCCGAAAGCAUGAAAUCAAUGGCGAUUAUUCUUCAAAGGGGAAGUAAGGAAGCUAGGGUUUCCACAAUAUCGAUACUUAAGAAUCUAGCAAACUCCAAUUUCAAUUGGAAUAUUGUCAUAAAUGAUCAAGGGAUCGGUAUGUUCAAAUCAAUGUUAGAGUUGGCAUCGGAUGAGAUUUCAACGAAAGCGAGUUCAUCCACGCUUCAAGUCUUGAUAAAGAUAUUGGAUUCUUCGAAGAAAAGCCGAUCGAAAGCCAUAGAGGCGGGUGCAAUGUGUACCCUGAUCGAGCUUCUACCUGACUCUACCCGAUCCAAGUGCGAGAAAAUAUUGCAAAUCAUCAAAUUAUUAUGUGAAUGCGCUGAAGGAAGGGUUGCAUUCAUCGAACAUCGACUUGGGAUCGGUGCAGUAUCGAAGAAACUGUUUAAUGUAUCUGAGAUGGCUUCGAAGAUUUGCGUGAAGAUCUUCUCGUUGAUAUGCAGUUUUCAUCCGACAGAAAAGGUUUUGGAGGAGAUGAUGGUCUACGGGGCGGUGAAGAAGCUUGUCGUGUUGUUGCAUAUGAGCGGACCAUCGUCCACAAAGAAUAGAACGUUGGAUAUGUUCAAAAAGCACGGUAGCUCGUGGAGUCGAUACCCAUGCUUCCCUAGCGAUUUGAAGGAAUAUUUGGGCUUACAAUGUCGCUAGAAUACUGAAAAACCGUAUCUAACAAGUAAAACUUUUGUUAUUGAUCUACUGACAGAUGAUCUAUUUUAAUGUAAAUUAGAAUAGACAAACAUUUAUAAAACUAGUUUCUCUUUGAUUUUAUUAUUUUUGUUUUAGGUUAGAAGCCAUUUAAAUUUCUUGUAUUCAUUGUGAAUUUGUUCAUAGAAGUUAUAUAUGCUUUUUU